GGAGCAACAGCCAUUUGACAUGGACGGCCUGCCUACGAGCUUCCAAUCCACGAAGAAAGCGUAUUUCAACAAGAAGGUAAAGAAUCCAGGUGGGAAUGCCAGCGGUGCAACGAUGAUGACGUCGUCGACUCCAUCGCCACACUCGGCGCCUUCGUCGAACUCCAGCAAGCGAUUUCGCCAUGAUCACGGAACCCAACGUCAACCUCCCCACCAUCACACGAACAAGAACCAAUCGCAUUAUUCGCCGACAGUCGACAGUCCGAGCCGCCAUCACUCGUCCACAGCAAAUGGACGUGCCUACUUUAAACCUUCGUUUCUAGAAGAUCCGUGGGCCACACUCGUGCAGUCGCAGCAACACCCGCCGCUUCCCCCUCCUCGGCCUGCAACAUCGGCUCCGCCACUACCACCCCUCCCGCCGCUUCCCCCUGCUCGGCCUGGAAUGUCGGCUCCGCCACUGCCACCCCUCCCGCCGCUUCCUCCUCCUCGGUCUGGAAUGUCGGCUCCGCCACUGCCACCUCUCCCGCCGCGACAGCAUCACGCGCCUUCGACCUCAUCGUUGUUCCGUCCAUCCUGUCUCGAAGAUCCGUGGUCACAGUUAAUCUCGUCGUAACUGGGCCAUCCUGACACCGUUUCGUAAAAUGUUGUUAGUUUUGAAAACUCACAAAUCCA